GAAUCAACGAACAUGUCCAUCAAAUUCUCUUUAGUUUUUCUGGCGUUCUUCGCAUGUCAGGGAGUUUUCGCUUCCCCUGCCGAGGUGAGCACCUAUGAAAUCGGCCAGCAAAUCGGUGAGGCCUUGGAAAAGUUGAAGAUUGCCAUCCAAAAAGCUAUAGAUAAAGCCGUCGAAAGUCUGAACAAGGUAUUGGAAAACAUCGUAGAGAAGGGAAAUGAGUUGACUGAGCAGAUCAAAAAUAAAAUCAAUGACAUAGUUGAAGGAGCUAAGAAGGAAAUACAGAAACUGGUAGAAGAUGCCAAGGAGUUGGGUGUUGAUGUUUCAGAAUGCGUAAAGGACUCCGACGAAGACCUCGAGAACUUAGCCAAGGGUCUGAUCGAAUCAGCUGUGAAAUGCGUCACGGAUAAGGUCGAUGAGGCGACUGGUAUCAUCGGCGAAGCUAUCGAGGAGAUCAAAGAUUACGUGAAAAUCAUCGGCGGUUUGGAUGAGGAAGUGAAGAAGUGCGGAACCGGAUUAGGAGCAAUCAAAUGUUUGGGAGAAGUCCUGGCCGACGUAAUCAAAGCAACGACCGCCUUGCCGGUGGAAAUCUCAAAGAAGGUAGCUGAAAUCACCGCACUCGUCGCAGGUUUGAAAGCUGCAAUGAUUCAGUGCGCCACGAACGUUGGUAUCGAUGCUGCAGGACAAGUAGGAUCCAUCGUCAUCGAUGUAGGUAAAUGCGUUGCCGAGAAAAUUAAGGAUUCACAGUAAUCUAUUAAGAAUAUUAUGACCUUGUUAAAUUUUAUAUAAAUAAAUUGAGAAUUGUUUCAACACUUCUACCAACCAACCAAU